AUGUCGUUCAUCAAAACGAUAUUUCCCGCUACAAAACGGCGUAAGACGGAUUCGAAUACAUUUGUGCAGCCACAACCGCCUGGUGAACGAAAUGGACAUCAACCAAGAGCGGCAGGUGCAGCAUCUAUGCAACGAGAUACGACUUCCUUAGUGACAAAAAGUCCUGUCUUCGACUCCUUCUGUACCACUCGUGAACGAGAACUUCGUCCGGAUAUGCUUCGAAUGGUGCUAAUCGAAGCCGAGCAACGUGUUUUAUUCGACACUGCAUCCAUAGUACCGAUUGGAUGCAGGCUUCUCAAACGUCGCCGUGAUAUUUCAACUAUAUCACAAAUGCUUUUUGGCGCCAUGCCUACAGCCAUGGGCAGCGAUUCGUUCAAAAUCCACACAAUAUCCGAGGAUCAGCGAUUGCUUAUUAGUCGCGUUUUCGCAAUACCACGAAUAAGCUCAAGAGAGAUGCGCGCAAACGCCGAGUCAUUGGAAUCGUCGGACUCGGAAUCGCAAUCACAGUACAUUACGGUUCGUUCCAUGGACAGCAUGAACGGUAUAAAUCAUAGUAAGCCCGGAUGUAUCUCGUCUACUGCUCCACCAGAAGCAUUCAAGCGUGUGCGUAACACCAGCCUGCAGUUGGAUGACGACACUGACGAAGUUCGUCCAUUCUCUCCACCGACUGCGUCAAGAUUGUCACGUGACCGUCGUCUACAGAUGUCGCACAAGACGAGCUUGUGCGAGCAAUCGCCAUCAACAAGAUGGAAGUCGCGCUCUCGCUUGAGCUCUUGCGGCUCCCAGACGGAUGAUGAACAUGGUCGCCAAGUCGGAUUAGGAAUCAUGUUGAAUGCUGCUGAAAAAAAUUUCCUCUUCCAGCACAUUCCACUCGUUGAAGCUGAAAUGUCUCGCCUUGAGAUGCGAAUCACAAGUGCAGCGGCUAAUUCGACAACUUUCUUCAUUAAUGUCAAUAAGGCUUGGCAAGACUUUUGCUCAUCUCUCUGUCAACUUCACAAUGCCCCACGACUUCGCCAUCCUGUGUGGCUGAGCUUGUUGGAACGAGAUCAAAACGAGAACGUAGUAGUAGCCGACUUCUGUAAACAACUGACACGACUAGUGGAGAAAUUGGACACGAAGCAUACGAACUUUUUCCUUUCAAAUGUGAUCUCCACGGUUCUGAUGCACCACAUGUCGUGGGUGGCUAGUGUGGCACCGCCAUUACACGCACCAACACAUCUUCACGAGAAAAACCCACUUGUUGGCUCGAUAUUCAACGACGAAGCGCCGUAUAUGCCUUACAAUGCGCAGAUUGCACAGUAUUUGGAGAUCAGUGGCAGUGUUGGAAGUGUACAUCGCAUGGCGAAGUUUUGUAACCGAGAAAUUACCGAGCUCUCCCCUGUACCUAUAUCAUAG